AUGGUACCACUUUUGUCCUCUCCAUAUCCUAAUUGUGCCUACAGAGCUAAAUACGGUCAUAGGCCCACCGAAUUAUAACCCAAAUAGCCCUCGUGGGCACCCGGGUCAUCAGCCGCGCCUUUGUGGAAGCCUGGCGACAAGCGCAGGCUACCCAAAAAUAUGCUAAAGCUACCUCCACGGCGGGGUCAAACACAACAUUAAAAGCCCACGCAGGAUUAACCCUGGACGAAGCCUGCCGUAUACUCAACGUCAAGCCGCCACAGAAUGGGGCAAUCGACGAGACGAUGCUGAUCGAACGGUUCAAGAAGUUGUUCGAUGCCAAUGAGCCGGGGAAAGGUGGAAGUUUCUACUUGCAGAGUAAGGUCUUGAGAGCAAGGGAAAGGAUUGAGAGCGAGGUCCGAGAGGCCGGCGAGAAAGCGAGGAGAGCUGAGGAGUUGGAGAAGGGCUGGAAGCCGAAGGUGUAUAAAUGA